AUGGCAACCAGUCUAGAAACUAGUGUUGUUACAACAAACAACGAUUCUAUCCCUGAUGAAGAUACUCAGGCUUCUAGUCACUCCUCGUCUGAAUUCCAUGCCUUGCAUUACUCUUGGGUUUUUUGGUUUAUGCACAGAUCCCCUGGAGCAAAAAUUCAGGACUAUACCAACGAAAUCAAGCAUGUCUGUACAUUCUCAACUGUUGAAGAGUUUUGGGGUGCUUUUAGUCACAUGAAGCGACCUGGAGAGCUUUCCAAUAUUAGUGAUUAUCAUUUCUUCAAAAAGGGUAUUCGACCUAUUUGGGAGGAUAACUUGACUGGCGGAAAGUGGAUUAUUCGACUGAAAAAAGGAAUUGCAUCUCGGUAUUGGGAGGAUCUACUUCUUGCCAUUGUUGGUGAUCAAUUCGACGUUGGCGAUGAAAUCUGUGGUGCAGUCGUCUCUAUUCGCCACAGCGAAGAUAUUGUCUCACUGUGGAAUAAAUCCGCCGAUGAGGGGCGGAUCAAUCUUCGUAUCCGUGAUACUCUCAAAAGAGUUUUAAGUCUUCCUGCGAAUUGUGUAAUGGAAUACAAGGCACAUAAAGCAGCUGUUGCUGACAACUCUAGCUUUAGAAACACAGAAACGUAUCGGUGAAUCUUGUUUUGACAUGACCUAUUUGUGGUUAGUUUGAGGAUCUGUAAUGAAUGAGAAGUCGGCCUUUAUUGGCAUUUUUAUUAUUAAAUAGUAAGCCAGUUUUGAAUGGUCACGUA